UACCAAUUGCGUAGCUUACAUGUUGAUAACAUAAAUGGUGGUAAACAUCAUAAUCUAGUACACUCAGAUAAAAACUGCUUAAUUUAACAGUUUAGAGUAAUUUUAACCAGUUCCAAAUUUAUCUUUGUGUAGACACUUCUUACUCACAUCAUUAAAAAAGAUUUCAAAUUUUUUUUAAGGUAUUUUAACAUCUGAUUUUAUCUUCAUCAGAUUAUAUAUAAUCAAGAAAAAAAAGCAAGACUGUAUAUCAUUACUAAAUCAUUAAAUGCAAGUGAAAAAAAUUGAAAAUAAAUAAUGUUUAUCGCUAGAAAUUUUUUCUUGAAAAAAAUAAAUAAUAAAUAUUAUAGCGAUUUUGUUAAAAUAAUCGAAGUUGGACCACGAGAUGGAUUACAAAAUGAAAAAAAAAUUAUUCCCACCUCAAUUAAAGUAGAUUUUAUCAAUAAACUUUCAGAAACUGGACUAAAAACCGUCGAGGUAACGAGUUUUGUUUCACCUAAAUGGGUUCCUCAAAUGGCCGAUAAUGAACAAGUAUUUAAACAAAUAAAAAAAUAUGAAAACAUUAAUUACCCAGUUCUAGUUCCAAAUGUAAAAGGACUUGAGAAAGCAAUUGAAGUGGGCGUAAAAGAAAUAGCAAUUUUUGGCUCUCCAUCAGAAACAUUUUCACGUAAGAAUACAAAUUGCUCGGUAACUGAGAAUAUGCUGAAAAUGAAAGAAAUCAUUGAUUUAGCGAAGAGAAAUAAUUUAAAAAUAAGAGGAUAUGUUUCAUGUAUUAUUGCAUGUCCAUAUGAAGGUGCAAUGAAACCAUUUUCAGUUGCAAGCCUAUCAUCUGCAUUAUUAGAACUUGGAUGUUACGAAAUAUCUCUUGGUGACACAAUAGGUGUUGGUACACCGAAAAAAAUUAAAUCACUUUUAAAUGAAAUAAAAGAAAUUGGAGAUUUUAAUAAAUUUGCACUUCAUUUGCAUGAUACUUAUGGUCAGGCUAUUGGAAAUAUUUACACUGGUCUCGACUAUGGAAUAAGAACCUUUGAUUCUUCCGUCGCCGGUCUUGGUGGUUGUCCAUAUGCUGAAGGUGCCUCCGGUAAUGUUGCCACUGAAGAUGUACUUUAUUUUCUAAAUGAACAAGGCCUUGAAACGGGAAUUAAUCUAGAAAAAGUGGCCAAAGUCGGAGAUUUUAUUAGCAAUCAAUUGGAAAGAAAGAAUCAAUCCAAAGUUGGAAAUGCUCUACUAUCUAAAGUAAAAAAAACAAACGCUUGUGUAUGAUAAAACUGUUAGUUCUAAAGGAAAUUGAAUUUUUAUCUGGGGACCAAUGACAUUUUUUAAUUAAAAUAUUAUUACUGUUUUAACAUUAGAAAAAAAAUUGUUAAUAUUUUUAUAAAGUUUUUUAAUUAAUAUUGUAAUAAAUCUUCUGGUAACAUA